AUGGCGGGAAGAGUGUUUGCAUUCCUCCUCCUCGCAGGACUUCUGCACAUCCUCAGGGUCUCAGGAGAUUCCACAGAGUGUCGCUUGUGCGAGAGUUUGCUGACCGAUUCCGAUCAUUGCACGUUUCUCCUGGACGAAUCCACCGAGAAUCCGCCCUGGAAUUGUCCUCUUGUCUUUCCCUGUGGCAAAAUCAUCGCCAUAAACUACACAUUCAUUGCAAACUUUAACGCCCUCAAUCUUCAGAGAGUGAACAAGUGCUUCAAAUUUAUUAUAGCGACACAGAAUUUCUCAAGAUACAGCGACUUCUUCAGCGGAUCUGACAAAUUUGUUCCCUACACAAAAAUUAUUCUCCUCGAGAGUGGCACUGAAGAGGCCUUUAAUUUCACAGCAGCGCAAAUUAAUCACAUGUAUAUUAAUGCUUUGCAUGUCUUGCAGAACGAAAUAAACGUGAGUCUCUUUCACUGUCCGCCUUUUGUUGUUGACAAAGAACCAGAUAAUAUUGACAGGAAUUCAACGUUAAACCUCAAAAGAUUUGACGGUGUUGAGUUUCGUCUUAUGACUUACAUUACCAAUCGCUGGAAACGAAGGAUCUUCGUUAGGAAUCCAACGCCAGACACUGGAGAUUCCUGGGACGAGAUUCUUAUGGACUUGACACAACAGAGAUCGCAAGUCGCAAUGUGUGCACUGUGGCUCAUUGAGAAGACGGACACAAACUUUGAUUUGUCCUGGCCUUAUGAACAACAGUGCAUAACACUUCUUGUGCCGCGCGGUCGACGAAUUCCGCGCAAUCGUUACAUCUAUCUGGCGAUGAAUGAGCGAGUCUGGACUCUCUAUCUCAUCCUCACGCUCUUCAUCUGCUUGCUGGUCUACUUCCUGAUCACCUUCAACACGAACAACAGCCUCGCGCUGCAGUUCAAUCUGCUGAUCGAAUCCACGAUGAAAGUUCUCUCGAUCGCCACUCAGCACGGCGUCACGCGCUUCCCCAGAAGAUUCUCAGCAAAAAUCCUCCUGAUCUCCUGGUUCUUCUUCUGCCUCCUCAUCACAGCCAUCUACUCCACCGGCCUCACGUCCAUCCUCACCACUUCACUCUUCCACAAGCCCAUCGACAGAGUCAGGCAUGUGAUCAACAAGCAAUUGAAGUGGGGCGACACUUUCGGUACUUAUCUUCAUGCAGAACUUCUCAAGUCCGGCAGUCCUCAGUAUGCAAACCUAGCCGAUCUCCUAAUAGAUCCUGACUCUGAGGAGACAGAACAACUCAUCGAAGCUCGCAAAUACGCUCAAGUAGUCGCAGUUCUCUCCACAAAAUUCAUUGUGGGCGCAGAUCGCUUCGAGAACAUCUCAGCGAGAUAUCGCUUGAUGGACAGCUGCAUUUACAAAUUCUACACUGUCUUCGCUUUCCAGAAGAACUCUCCCUACGCGCCCUUCUUCAGCCAAGAAGUCUCGAAGUGCGUGGAAUCCGGAUUGAUUCACUACUGGAUGAAGUUGGCGAAUGUUCAGUUCGGAAAGCGCUACACUUACUCGUUUUUCGUGAAGACGAAAGACAUUUACAGCGGUCCGCACACCUUCACCGUGGACAAUCUCUCCACGGGCCUGUACAUUUGGGCAAUUGGUCUGUUUCUGGCCACUGUGGUGUUCCUGAUUGAAUUGUGGCUGCAUUGGCAGAAGAAAUUGGAAAUUCCCCGCAUUCUGAGAGAGAAUUGA